AUGGACGCUGCGGCGCCGUCCGUGUCUGAGCCGCCGGCCAAGGACUGGUCGCUGCUGCCCCUCGACGUUCUCUCAUUGAUCUUCCCCCGGGUCGGCGCCGUCGACGUCCUCAUGGGCGCCGGCCUCGCGUGCCGCUCGUGGAUCGAGGCGGCCAAGUUGCCAGAAUUGUGGCGAGCCGUGGACAUGGACAAACACCAGGUCGUGUUCUGGAAGGACGAUGCCCUACUGUGCGCAAUGGCAAAGGCGGCCGUCGACCGUUCGGAGGGACAGCUUCGGUCGUUCGCCGGCAAGCUAUUUGUCACCGAUGAACUCAUGAAUUAUAUAAUGGAGAGAUCACCCUCGCUGACUAGCCUUCGGCUUGUUUCCUGCCAUGACCUCUUCCUCGGCCGCGUUAUGCAUGACUCACCUCUGCUGGAGCUGCGUUCCCUCGAGCUCUACGACACUUACCUCACCGUCGGAGACCUGACCGCCGUCCUCGAGUGCUGCCCUCUCCUAGAGGUUCUUUGGGUGCGCAACUGCUUCCCGAUCUACGAGGAAGACGAGCAUGCCCUUCGAGCGAAAUUCUCCAGGAUCAAGACCCUGACGCUUGAGUGUGAUGUGGUGGUGUUGCAGGUAGCCAAUGACUUCGACGUGGAAGGACAACCCUUGGUGAUAGGGGUGAUGUUCCCUCGAUUGCGAGGUUGUGACAUCCUUUUCUCCCAUAUGGUCUCUCCCUAA